ACCAAAUGGUAGAGUGGAAAGAGAAGAGCCAGAACCUUUUGCGUUCCAGGGAUACAACGCCAUUAUCUACAAGCACUUUCCCAGAGACAGUGUCCGGAGACCAACUGGGAACCCUGUGGUGUUAACCUCAGUCAACAUGUCCUGGAAGCUGCAGAUCCCCCAGCCUCAACCUCAUCUCAGCCUGGUUCUUGAAGACCAAACGAGCGUAGGGAACGAUAGAUUGGCUGAGGCUGGAUCCCCAGUGGAUGCUGUUCCCCAUCCGCUGGGUUUCUUGCCCAUGAGUGGACGGCUUCUGAAAUCUGAAUCCGAAGAUUCCGGCGUGGAGUUGGCCAGUGGCGAUCAUGUCCCUUUGACCCCGGCGGAAUCCGAAAAAAGCUUUUCCCUGGAUUGUCUAGAUGGAGAGGAUUCUGUUCCAGCCCUUCAGGAGGGUCGCCCCAAAGAAAGGCCAGAGGCACCACUACCCGUUCUGGAUUGGGCCUGUCAGGAUUUCCAUUUCAAAAGGAAGCUUGGCAACGUGGUCCAGAGGUCCCAGAAGAACCACCUGUCUAUCCCCAAGAAGCCUCCUCCAGAUUUGGAGGAGUUGAAGUCCUGCCCCCACCCAUGCCAGCCAGUGAGGGCUGAAGGGAUUCUGAAUGAGACUUCUGGAGGAUACAGUCAACCUACCUCAGGUGGCAGCUUCAUUGAGGAGGAGAAAGGCAAAGGAGAGGCACAACAGUCAACAUCCCACCCCAUGCCUGGACCAGGUCUACGCUCCCUAGAGAACCUCUCCAAAAUGCUGGAAAAAAUUGCAAAACUGCAGAUAGCCAACACGGAAAUCCAACACGAGCAACAAGUAUUGGAAUGUCGAGUCCAGGCCUUGGAAUGGCGGAUCUGCACCCUGGAACAAGAGAAGGUAAGAAAAAACUAUAGGAAAUAAAUUUUAAUUUAUAGAAGUUGGUCACCAUUGC